GCAUGGUAUAUACUCACUGUAGUCACUGUGAGAGGAGCAACAGCGAGAGCAGCUGCACAAAGAAAAAGCUGCAACAAAACAACUUCAUCUCAUGUGUUUCCAGUCGACAGCGUAGUUUUCUGCAUUUGGAGAUCAGACGGAGUGCCUCAGCAACUUAUUACAGAGGGCAGCCUGCGAUGCAGCAGCGUGCAUGAGCAUCAACCUACUCUCUCUGACUUUCAUCUGACUGCAUUCACAAAAAACCUCCUCUGCCAUGAUGAACGUGACAGAGGGCAACUGCAGCAUCCCCUCAGAAGAGUACCAGUUCCGCCUUUUUCCAGCCGUCUACAUCCUGGCUCUAGUUGUGGGUCUGCCUGGAAAUCUGGCUGCUCUCUUCGUCUUCUCCUUCAAGACCACUCCUCGCACAGCCUUCAGCGUGUUCAUUAGCAAUCUGGCCAUGGCCGACAUCGUCAUCCUCUGCACUCUGCCCUUUAGGAUCCACUACCACCUCAACAGAAACGACUGGGUGUUUGGGGAUGUCGCCUGCCGAAUCACUGGUGUUCUGUUCUACGCCAACAUCUACAUGAGCAUCUGUUUCAUGACUUGUAUCUGUGUGGAUCGCUACAUGGCCACUGUGCAUCCACACUCUUAUCUGAGGCUGCGGAGCCCCUUGUGCUCCCUGGUUGUGAGCGUGGCGCUCUGGUGUGUCGCCGGAGUGGCCGUGCUGGUCUUCAUCCUCAUGGGACCCCUGGAAACUGAUGCAGACGAAUCUGGACGCCGCAGCUGUUUCGAGAACUUCGCCAAGCACGAGUGGGACACGCGUUUGUUGCCGUACAGCAUUCUGAGCCUGAUCUUUUGCUCCCUGCUGCCCUCCCUGAUCAUCCUGGUGUGUUACCCGAUGGCUGCGAGGCGCAUUUCCUUGAUAAGGACUAAAGCAGCCCAAAGAGCCGUGAGGGUCAUUUACACCAUCCUGGCUAUCACCCUGCUCUGCUUCCUGCCCAACCACAUGGUGUACCUGCUGCACCUCCUCCGACGUAUGGAUAUCAUCAAGAGCUGCUCCACUGCCAACACCAUCCACAAUGCCAGGCGGGUCACCAUGGCCCUCGUCACCCUCAACACAUGCCUGGACCCUGUGCUUUAUUAUGUCACCACCAGCCACUGCAAAUGGAAGAGCUUGAAGAUGACAUGGCGGUGGGGACGAAUCAGGAGGAGAAGAGGUGUUUAUACCAUCACAGUAAGCUGACUGAACUGAGAGGGGUAGCAGUAAAUAUCUUAUAUAAAAUAUCUUUUCU